AUGAGCAUCCGGACCCCACCCACACUCCUGGAGCUGGCAGGAAGGAGCCUGCCGAGGGACCAGGCCUCAGCCAUCGCGGCUCUGGAGUACUUGCCAGCUGAGCUCUUCCCGCUGCUGUUCAUUCAGACCUACUAUAGGAGAAUGCAGAAGCCCCUGAAGGCUUUGGUGCACGCCUGGCCCUUCACUGUCCUCCCUCUGGGGAGCCUGCUGAGGCUGCCUCCGUUCAUGGAAGAACAGCAAUACUUUUCCCAGUUCCUCUCUCAGAUGCUCAGGCUGCGGCACCUCAAGAAGCUCUACUUGGAAUCUCCCUCCUUCCUCCGAGACUGUCUGGACCAGAUGCUUAGGUGCCUGCAGACCCCCUUGGACAAACUCUCCAUAUGGCUUUGCUGGCAGCUGACACAUUCAGAUCUGACACACCUGUUCCAGUGCCCGAACCUGAGGCAGCUGAAGUCCCUGCGUCUGUAUGCUGCCAACCUCACCAAUUUUAGUCCCGAACCCCUCCGAGCUCUGCUGGAGGCAGUGACACCCACCCUCCAGGACCUGCGCCUGGAUAACUGUGGGAUGGUGGACUCCCAAGUCGAGGCCAUCCUGCCUGUCCUGAGCUGCUGUCACCAGCUCAGGGGCUUCACCAUCUCUGAGAACCACCUCUCCGUGGCCACCGUAAAGAAGCUGCUGCGCCACACAGCCUGGCUGUGCAGGUUAGAGCUCCAGCUGUACCCCAUCCCCCUGGAGUGUUACAGGACCCAAGAGACUGUGGGCCAGGAGAGAGUUGCCUUGAUCCGGGCUGAGCUCAUGGAGACACUGAGGGAGUUAGGACAACCCAGGACCAUCCAUCUUGACACCAAGUACUUUAGCUCUAGGGAGUUUUAUCUCGUGGCAUUUUCAUGA